AUGGAGGAGAAUGUGAGUCCUGAGCUCUCUCUAGCUCCUGAGCCAGAGCAGAGCCAGGACCCUGUGGAUAGCAGCUCUCAAGGUACCUUGGACUAGCUUCUUUUCCCUUGUCAAUGAGGGGGAUGUCAUGAUUGUCUCACUUUAAUGGGCACUGCACUGCUGGAUCCUCUGCAAAUCUUUUGUAGGUUGUUAUUUGGGGUGUAGGGUCAGGAUUACUAGAAUCAUGAUCAGCACAAGGGAUUUCACUAUUCCCUCAUGCUUUGAAUACCUAAUCAGCUUACUAUUCCAUAAGUCUUUUGAUUGGCAAAAUCUGCUACUGUCCCUUAAUGUGUGUCUUCCAUCAACAGCUAUUCUAGAGGACUAUAAAGUUGAGAAGGAGGACGGAGAAGAUAAGGAAGACCAAGAGCAUGGUGACAAUGAUACUGAGGAAAAUCUAGAGGACACAGAGCAAUCUGCUAAAACCACAAGCAAGUUCAAGAAGACCUGGGGAUUCCGUCUGACCACCAUAGCCAAGAGAGAAAUGCCUGGAGACACGGCUGCUGAGAGCCAGGAUAGCCAUGUAGGGCCUGUACGUCGCAGUGGGAGGCAGGCAAAACGCACUGACAAGCUAGAGGAGUUCCUGCUCACCACCAAGAGAGCGCGCACAGUAGGGAGGAGGAGUGCACCUGGCAGCAUAGAGGGUGGGGACCCUCCCUCCCAGACCCCUACAGAUGCGGAGACGGCCUCUGAAGCCAGCUUUGACGGCAACGCAGAGGCCAAGUCUGUGGACGAUAAACCAGAUUCCCCAGUGAGGAAGACGAGGAGCAGGAAGAGGACAACUCAGAAGGCUAAAGGCCGUGGCAGAAGCAGAGUUGGCUCGGUCAGUGAUGAUGGAAGCUCUGAUAAUGAGAAGUGUAGUGGAGAUGCAUCCAAAGAGCCCCGGGAGGAGGAGGAGAAGGGUAGUGGAGAUGCAUCCAAAGAGCCCCGGGAGGAGGAGGAGAAGGGUAGUGGAGAUGCACCCAGAGAGCCCCAGGAGGAGGAGGAGAAGGGUAGUGGAGAUGCAUCCAAAGAGCCCCGGGAGGAGGAGGAGAAGGGUAGUGGAGAUGCAUCCAAAGAGCCCCGGGAGGAGGAGGAGAAGGGUAGUGGAGAUGCACCCAGAGAGCCCCAGGAGGAGGAGGAGAAGGGUAGUGGAGAUGCACCCAGAGAGCCCCAGGAGGAGGAGGAGAAGGGUAGUGAAGAUGCUCCCAAAGAGCCCCAGGAGGUGGAGAAUGGUAGUGGAGAUGCACCCAAAGAGCCCCAGGAGGAGCAGCAGGACAAGAAGACAACCAGCCCUGAGAAGGACGAUACAGUGCAGCCAGAGCUGGACUCUGUGAAGAAAGAGGAAGAGCAGGAGGAGAAAGAAAAACAGGGGAGCGUGGAGAAGCCCGUAGAGGACAGUGGCGAGCCUGCCUCCAGGUCCAGGAGUCCUGCCAAGGCAGCCAGUAGGGGGACCACCCCCAACAAGAGAGACACCAAGUCCAGAGGAGGGACAAAGACCCGCAACGACCAGGAGGAAGAUGAGUCCUCAUCCUCAUCAUCCAGUGACUCCGGCGAUGAUGAAGGAUACGACCCUAAUGCACUGUACUGCAUCUGUCGACAGAAACACAACAAAAGGUAUGCAUUUGGAUGUUAUGUAAUUAAGUUGGAAAUCCGAUGCCUCUAGUUCUUACAAAUGCUCUGUCUGAUCCUUCGUGGAUUACUGAAUGUGACAAAAUUAAUCUCUAUUGUCCACCUACAAGGGGAUGAGUGGUUAGUGAUUAGUUAGCCUGAGUGAUGUGCUUGACUUGUAUAAUAUGCUUUAGCAGCGACUUUGUUCAACGUUGGUAACCCACUUUCUCCGACUGGCUGUUUUUACAUAUCUGUCUCUUUGUGCACCUAGGUUCAUGAUCUGCUGUGACCGCUGUGAGGAGUGGUUCCAUGGAGACUGUGUGGGCAUCACUGAGGCUCGUGGACGUCUGAUGGAGAGGAAUGGGGAGGACUACGUCUGCCCCAACUGCACCACCAAGAAGAGCCAGACGGCCAAGCCCAACGGCAAACCCAAAGCAGCUGCCCCCGGGGCCCUCAAGGCCGAGCAGAGCCCCUCUGUGGCGGCUCCCUCACCUACAGCCUCAGCUGGGGCGGAAGAAAAGGGUGACGACUUGGGGAUCAAAGGGAGGAUAGAGAAGACCACCAACCCCAGUGGGAAAAAGAAGAUCAAGAUCUUUCAGGCGGUAGGUUUCUGUUACUUUUAUCACAGCCCUAGUGAAUGAACUCAAUAAAUGACCUAUUCAGCCUUAUGUCAUGCCAAUAAUAGCUUACCGAAAGACGUCUGAGAGCACCAUAUUAGGGAUGGGCGUGAGUACUCGAUUCAAGGUUUGUAUUUGGUUACUAAUAAUUGAAAACAAGCACUCGAAAUGUAUGAGCACAGAUGUGUUUGUUUGUAGAGAAUGUCAAAUGUAGUGAAAAUAGGUUUCCUUUUCAGUUGUUUAUCAGAACAACCAGUAAUUGGAACAACCGAUGGCAUACCACAAACUUAAAUAAUUGAGUAUACAAACAGACUUUCUUUCAAAUGCCCAUCCCUACGCCAUAUGACAAUUUGUAUAUUAUCAUCCCUGACACUUUUGCCUGUACAAGAAUCCGUCUGUGGCAUUGUCUGUGUUGCACUGUGCACCUGUGUGACCUGUUUGAGUUUCAACAGGCGGCGGAGGAGUCUAAACUGCCAAAAUGCAUCGGGCCAGGCUGUGAGAAGACCGCCCUGAAGGACUCUGUCUACUGCGGCAGCGAGUGCAUCCUGAGACACGCCGCCGCAGCCAUGGCAGCCAAGUCAAUCUCUGAGCCCAAGCAGAAAGAUCAAGACAAGGCCAAGGGACAGAAAAAAACACCUGGUGCCAGGGCAACGACCAAGGUAAACAAAGGGUUUAUAAGAUACCAAAGAUGUUUACAUUUUCACCUAUUGUUCUGGAGAGUUGUGAGAAACCUUUCACUGAGUGUAUUGGAACCAGUUCACUGGUUAGUAAUACAUUGUGUGGAGCACAAAUUAAGGGCAAUAUAUAUUCCAAUGUUUUGAAAUACGUUUUCUAAAAUGUACACAAUUCUUAUAUUACUCUAUGAAAUUGAGUGUGAAUAUCUUAUUGCCAAUGACUAUCGGGCUAUACACCAGGCCAGAUUUUGUUCUGAAAUAUCUGAAUUAUUAUAGUGAAAUUACAUGAAAUAAUGUUUGUUUACUUGCUAGAUUGUUAUUUUGUCUGAGUCAUUGGUAACAAACAUUCAUUGCAAGAUUGGUGAUUGAUUGCAUCAGCAGGAACUACAGAACAGAAUUCUGGUCUGAGGAACAUCUGGAGGAGGGACGGGGCGACAUUGCCCCAGGAGAAAUACAGUGCCUUCAGAAAGUAUUCAUACCCCUUGACUUGUUCCACAUUUUGUUGUUACAGCCUGAAUUCAAAAUUGAUCACAAAAAAAUGCUCACCCAUCUACACAAUACCCCAUAAUGACGAAGUGAAAACAUGUUUUUAGAAAUUUUAGCAAAUGUAUUAAAUUAAAGUAUAGAUGUCUCAUUUACAUAAGUAUUCACACCCCUUUGCUAUCACACUCCAAAUUGAGCUCAGGUUAGAGGCCUUCUUGGGUGCAAAAAGUUGCGCCCGUUCCGAAAUGGCCCUGGGGCUUUCCCAUCCGGACCCGAUAUGCAUAAAUAAAUAAAAAAUUAUGUAGAGAUCUGCUCCGAACGGACAUGAGGACAACUAGACACGUUCCGUAUAGACCUGGUUGGGUCUGAUCCGAGUCAGGGAAGCAGCAGAAAAGUCCAUUUUUGAGCUACUUUAUUAACCGGAGCUGAUAAAGCACGAGGUAGAAAGUGGUGACACUCUAGCAGGGGCUGUGCUGUGUGUGUAGGCUACUGUGAGAGUGAGCAAGUGACACAGUGCAGGGAAGGAGAGAUGGCAACCAACCAAGCAGACUUGCGCUGUAGUAGACGAAUAGCUGCCAUAGCUAGGAUAUUUCAUUCUAUAUGAUUACGUAGUUACCUGUCUUGACUGCAUCAAACCGGAAGAAGCUACUCCAUUCAGAAUAUUAAGUAGUAGCCUACCUGUUGGCUCUUGGUCUUUGUAGCCUAUCCUUUAACUUUUAAUUCCAUCUUCCAUUGAUUUAGAUAGCUCGUAACUUUUGCCAUUUUCAUGACUUAUGAUUGGCCAACAACCUAUGCUCGCCACACGUGAAAAGCAAGAGCAGCAGCAUAAAUUAUAACAUUUCUCUCUCUCUACUGCAGCAGUCACGUUCGGAUCUGUACGGGUCCUUCCGGACAAGUCAGUUACACAUACCCAUGACAAUCAGAUCAGACCCGUGACAUUAUUUAUAAUUCUGGCUCCGGACCCUCUCGGGUAUUUGGGCAGAGGUGGAUCCGUGCUCUAGCUCAGGUGCAUCCAAUUUCCUUUGAUCAACUUGAUUGGAGUCCACCUAUGGCCAAUUCAAUUGUUUGAACAUGAUUUAGAAAGAAAAGCACCUGUCUAUAUAAGGUCCCACAAUUGACAGUGCAUGUCAGAGCAGAAGCUAUACCAUGAAGUCCAAUGAACUGUCCGUAGAUCUCCAAGAUAGAAUUGUGAUGCGGCAUAUAUCUGGGGAAGGGUAUAAAACAAUUUCUAGAGUGUUGAAAAAUAUGGAACUACCCAGACUCUGCUUAGAGCUGGCAGUCCGACCAAACUGAGCAACCGGGUAAGAAUAACCUUGGUCAGGGAGGUGAUCAAUGACCAAUCUGACAGAACUACAGAGUUCUUUGCCUGAGAUGGGACAACAGUCUCUGGUGAAGUCCUGUAAUCUGGGCUUUAUGGGAGAGUGGCCAGACGGAAGGCAUUCCUGAGAAAUAGAGAACCAGGCACAGCUCAUCACCUGUCUAACACAUCCCUACCGUGAAGUAUGGUGGUAUUAGCAUCAUGCUAUGGGGAUGCUUUUCAGCAAGACUGGUAAGGAUAGAGGGAACAAUGAAUGGAGCCAAAUACAGGCAAAUCCUUGAUGAAAACUUGUUUCUGAGUGCAAACAACCAUGGACUUGGGCGAAGAUUUACGUUCCAUCAGGACAAUGACCCCAAGCAUACAGCAAAAGCAAUGCUGGAAUGGAUACAAACAUACUCAAAGCUGUAAUCACCGCCAAAGGUGUUUCUACGAAGUGUGAAUACUUAUGUAAAUGAGAUUCUGUAUUUAAUUUUCAAUUAACUUGCAGAAAUGUCUAAAAACAUGUUUUCACUUUGUCAUUAUGGGGUAUUGUGUGUAGAUGGGCGAGAGGGGGGAAAAAUACAUAUUUAAUCCAUUUUGAAUUCAUGCUGUAAAUGUGGAAUAAGUCGAGGGGUAUUAAUACUUUCUGAAGGCCCACAUUUGAUUGUUAUUCAAUUGCUAUUUAAUCUAUUCAACAGUGUCUAAUAAAUUACCAACGACUCAAAUUAUUCACUAAAUUGUUUUUUUCCUUCCAAUGUAAUGAAUUAGCAGCAAUUUACAUUUUGACAUUAUUGAUAUGCAUAUGCUGGGGUUCAUUUGCAUUUUUUACAUGCAUACGUGAGUUGAGGUCAAUGUCAGACUUUGAUCAUGAAGUAUUUUAUUGAGCCUAAUAUGCACAAACACACCACAGGGGAAAUUGAUUUAAACUUAUGCUCACAUAAAUAAUAUGAAUAACCUUGUUCCUCAAUUCUAAUAUAAACUUAACAAAAAUAUAAAUGCAACAUGCAACAAUUUAAAGAUUUUACUGAGUUACAGUUCAUAUAAGGAAAUCGGUCAAUUUAAAUAAAUUCAUUAGUCCCUAAUCUAUGGAUUUCACAUGACUGGAAAUACAGAUAUGCAUUGGUUGGUCACAGAUACAGUGCAUUUGGGAAAGUAUUCAGACCCCUUGACCUUUUCCUCAUUUUGUUACAUUACAGCCUUAUUCUAAAAUGGAUUAAAUUGUAUUUUUUCCUCAAUCUACACACAAUACCCCAUAAUGACAAAGCAAAAACAGGUUUAUAGAAAUUUUAGCAAAUUUAUAAUACAGAAAAAAAACAUAUCUCAUUUAUGUAAGUAUUCAGACAGACCCUUUACUCAGUACUUUGUUGAAGCACCUUUUGCAGCGAUUACAGCCUCCAGUCUUCUUGGGUAUGACUACAAGCUUGGCACACCUGUAUUUGGGGGGUUUCUCCCAUUCUCUGCAGAUCCUCUCAAGCUCUGUCAGGUUGGAUGGGGAGCGUCGCUGCACAUCUAUUUUCAGGUCUUCAGAGAUGUUAGAUCGGGUUCAAGUCCGGGCUCUGGCUGGGCCACUCAAGGACUUUCAGAGACUUGUCCCGAAGCCACUCCUGCGUUGUCUUGGCUGUGUGCUUAGGGUUAUUGUCCUUCUGGAAGGUUCUCCCAUCUCCACAGAGGAACUUUGGAGCUCUGUCAGAGUGACCAUCGGGUUCUUGGUCACCUCCCUGACCAAGGUCCUUCUCCCCCGAUUACUCCGUUUUGGCCGGGCGGCCAGCUCUAGGAGGAGUCUUGGUGGUUCCAAACUUCUUCCAUUUAAGAAUGAUUGAGGCCAUUGUGUUCUUGGGGAUCUUCAAUGCUGCAGACAUUUUUUGGUACCCUUCCCCAGAUCUGUGCCUCGGCACAAUCCUGUCUCUGAGCUCUACGGACAAUUUUUACGAUCUCAUAGCUUGGUUUUUGCUCUGACAUGCACUGUCAACUGUGGGACCUUUAUAUAGACAGGUGUGUGCCUUUCCAAAUCAUGUCCAAUUUACCAAAGGUGGACUCCAAUAAAGUUGUAGAAACAUCUCAAGGAUGAUCAAUGGAAACAGGAUGCACCUGGAGCUCAAUUUUGAGUCUCAUAGCAGAGGGUCUGAAUAAUUAUGGAAUUUUCUUUUAUAUUUUAUAAAUGUGCAAAAAUGUCUGUUUUCCCUUUGUCAUUAUGGGGUAUUGUGUGUAGAUUGAUUUUUAUUUAUUUAAUACAUUUUAGAAUAAGGCUGUAAUGUAACAAAAUGUGGAUAAAGUCAAGGGGUCUGAAUACUUUCCGAAUGCAAUGUACCUCAAAAAGAAGUAGGGGCGUGGAUCAGAAAACCAGUCCAUCUGGUGUGACCAUCAUUUUUGUCAUGCAGCGCGACACAUCUCCUUUGCAUUGAAUUUUGAUCAGGCUGUUGAUUGUGGAAUGUUUUCCCACUCCUCUUCAAUGGCUGUGCAAAGUUGCUGGAUAUUGGUGGGAGGAACUGGAAUACGCUGUCGUACACGUCGAUCCAGAGUGUCCCAAACAUGCUCAAUGGGUGACAUGUCUGGUGACUAUGCAGGCCAUGGAAGAAUUGGAACAUUUUGUAGAUUCCAGGAAUUGUGUACAGAUUCUUGCGACUGGGGCCGUGCAUUAUCAUGCUGACAUAUGAGGUGAUGGCGGUGCAUGAAUGGCACAACAAUGGGCUUCAGGAUCUCGUCACGAUACAAGUUGCAGUCGAUAAAAUGCAAUUGUGUUCGUUGUCUGUAGCUUAUGCCUGCCCAUAACAUAGCGCCACCGUGGGCCACUCUGUUAACAACGUUGACAUCAGCAAACCACUCGCCCUCACGACGCCAUGCAUGCAGUCUACCAUCUGCCCGGUACAGUUGAAACCAGAAUUCUUCCAUGAAGAGCACACUUCUCCAGCGUGCCAGUGGCCAUCAACAGUGAGCAUUUGCCUUCUGAUGUCAGGUCAAGACCUUGGUGAGGACGACGAGCACGCAGAUGAGCUUCCCUGAGAUGAUUUUUGACAGUUUGUGCAGAAAUCCUUCGGUUGUCCAAACCCACAGUUUCAUCAGCUCUCCGGGUGGCUGGUCUCCGUCCAUUCUGCAGGUGAAGAAGCCGGAUGUGGAAGUUCUGGGCUGGCUGGGUUACACGUGGUCUCCUCUUGUGAGGCCGGUUGGACGUACUGCCAAAUUCUCUCAAGCGAUGUCUGAGGCGGCUUAUGGUAGAGAAAUUGACUUUCAAUUCUCUAGCAGCUCUGGUGGACAUCCCUGCAGUCAGCAUGCUCCCUAAAAACUUGAGACAUCUGUGGCAUUGUGAUGUGUGACAGAACUGCACAUUUUAGUGGCCUUUUUUUGUCCCCAGCACAAGGUGCACCUGUGUAAUGAUCAUGCCGUUUAAUCAGCUUCUUGAUAUGCCACACCUGUCAGGUGGAUGGAUUAUCUUCGCAAAGAAGAAAUGCUCACUAACAGGGAUGUAAACAAAUGUGUGCAGAACAUUUGAGAAAAGUAAGCUUUUUGUGCAUAAUGGGACAUUUCUGUGAUCUCUUGUUUCAGCUGGUGGGACCAACAGUUUAGAUGUCUAUAUUUUUGUUCCCUAUACAUCCUGCAUUACACAAAACAAACAUUUUGCUUAUGGGACCCUUCCUGUGCCCUGUUACUGAUUUUUGAUUGAAUGUCUGUUCAUCCAGAGGAGUUCCACCACCGGAAGGAAGACCAGCAAGAAGUCCACAGAGGAGGAAGAGUCUGACAGUGAGGAUGACGAGAAGGAUGGUGAUGAAGAGCAGCAUGCAGAGCAGCAGCCACCGCCACCCACCAUGUCGUCCUGGUCCAGCGACCAUAAUUACAAUGCAGUAACGCCAGAAAAGACUACACCCAUAGCACCACCAACAGUGUUAAACAAAACGUGUAUGUAUCUCUUUGAAGGUCUUAAUAAUCCACUCUUAACCAUUUGUCUUCUCACACUGUAGGGGUUGUCAAGUGAGCCAUCUGAAUGUAUAUUCAUCAAUCUAUUACGGGUUCUUAGAAAAAAACACAUUGUUUUCCCAUUUUAUAAAUGUGGUUAUCAUGGCAACGUAGUGCCUUAGAUCAGGGGUGUCACAUUUUUAAUGGAUGGCCUAGUGUCUGGGUUUUGGUUUUUCCUUUCAAUUAAGACCUAGACAACCAGGUGAGGGGAGUUAUUUACUAAUCAAUCACCUUUAAUUCAUCAAUCAAGUACACUCGGGCCUCCGUGGAAUGAGUUUGACACGUGCCUUAGGUUAAUGACCCAGAUCUAUGGGGAAAGCACUAAUGACAAUGGGUCCCCAAAUGUAUUUGUAGUAUGUUACAAGGUCAUGGUUACUUAGUCAGGUAUACAGAGCUGCAGAGUGGGUAAGUACACAUUGCUGUGAGUGGAUACAAACAUGACUAUUUUAGGAUUUAUUUUGAAAGCCGUAUUGUCAAAAGAAAAUCAGUAACCAUGAACAAAGCUAUGAUUUGGGUAUUAUUUAGGAUGUAAAUUCAUAAAUCUUAGGUUACUGUGUGAAAAUGUGUGUUGGCACUGAUGGUGUGUGUGAAAAUCUCCACGUGCUCCUCUCCAAACUGCUGUUCAUCUAGAGGCAGUCCCUCAUCUCUCGAGCAGGUAGGUCUCCGUGGCUUUUUAUCCCUGGAUUUAUACAGAAAUACAGCUCACACUGCUGAUGAAUUAAUCUAUGUCUAUUCAGUGCAGCCAAGGAAGUAUUCACGGUUAGCUUUGUGAAUAGUGUGCUGUUAUUUCAAAAUUUUGCAUUAUUCAUAUUGAAUGUCAUGCAUCCAAACUCCCUCUGGGGCACUGGCGAUAAAAUAAAAGGUGUUAAGACAGAUUUUUGGAUGCCUUGAUUGAUUAUAUGAGGGGUCUCGGAUUACUAAGGAUGUCCUGGCCAGUUGCUCUCAGACAGCAUGUGCCACAGAUCUACACGCCACGAGAGGAAGUGAAAGUCUGAAGUGGACAGACUCGGAACAGCUGGAACAGGAAAGCUAUUGUUUCUUCCACUGAGACAAGACCCGCUGAAGACACUGCACAGAAGUAUUAGAUGACUGUACGAGAAGAGUGGAACACCGGAGUCAUCAACUAAACAUAAAGAGCAGCGAGGCAGACCAUUAUCACCUCAGUUCUACCACACUUCUGUUUUACUGAUAUAAAAUUGUUGAAAGCUAUUUAGGGGCAAUUGAGAGUAUUAUUUGCAAUGAACUCUGCUUUGGUUCAAAGUUUUAUCCAGGUUACUAAUUUUGAGGGGAGUAAUUAGACAGAGGUUGUGGAUAUUUUUGAAUGUGAGUGCAGAGUCUCUAGGUAUUUUAAAUGUGGGUAUUUGCAUUGGUAGUUCAUGACCUCAGGAAUCAGCUUAUCUGCAUAAUACCAGCUGCCUGUUCCUCAUGUAUCGGGGGAAAUGCCAUAUGUGAUUCACUCAUGACCUGCUUGCAUGCCUAGUAUCCUCUCAGAUCUCCAAUAUAUUAUUUUGCAGACAUACAAGUUCUGAUUGACAUUUUGAUAGUUUGACAAGUUUUUUUGUGUGCAAAUCAGUCACAUUGAAAUUGCUAUUGCUGCCCGUUUGUCUAAAUGGGUCUUGUUUGAAAUCUGUGUGUAUGAACAUGCAUAUUGGUUAUUUAAAAGAAUGCAAGUGAUCAUUAUUGUACAGGUAAGAACAGGUUUAGUAGUUUGGGCUAGAGGUGAAUUGUCUGUGCCUUUGGCUCAAUGAGCAAUUGUGUAAUUGGCGAUGGCAGUAUUUUCUGCUGAUGGCACUCACAAGUAUUUGCUGUUUUGAACGUACAGCCAGAUUCCUCAUACUUUGGUAAUGAGCAACACAAACGAGGCAGAAAAUAUUUAUCCGCUUUAACAAAGCUAUGACUAAUAUUGAUGCCCAUAUUUGGACAUAGUAAGUCAUACAAAAGCAAUUGGUGCUAGUAUUGUCAUGCACAACCAGUGCCUCUGGGGAAAGAUGUUGCAUUGAUCUUGAAUUGUUUUUAUUGAAUUGUUGAGGUUAAUAUUCCUUGAAUAUAAAUAGUUUGUCUUUAUUGAAUGCUCAUUAGAUGUGUGUACACCUGAAGGUAGAUGGUAUUGUUAGAACAUCCCUAGUUCUGUGUGCUGGCCUCACAGCACUAUGAAUUUUCAGUGGUGAAAAUAUCAGAUUUGGGGUGGGAAGUAUGAAGAUAUGUAGAAGGAGAUGAACGUUCAGACAUUCUUUGCCCAGACAUGGUAAGUUACAAGUUUAGUUGAACUAUUGGUUGGGAAGCGUUGGUUGUUUUCUGGCCACUUGAUACAGUGGGUCAACUGUUGGGAUCUUCAAAGACCAGACAAAGGGAGAUUCACAUCCUAAUGGAAUCUAAUUUUAGUUUUGUGGAGACCCCUGUACCCAGUGACUUUCCAGGCAGGUUUUUUUGUGUGUUUUUUGUUUUGGCUCAUCUAUUAUCUGUUAAUGUCUGAUGGGUUGUUGAUUGGGGUCCAGUGCUGUAGCUCAGGAGCUAAUGUUAAAUGGUAUGCAGGAACCAUUCAUACUGUUGCUUUUUUGCUCAUUUAGUGCACAUGCCUGGGAGCAUUUAGUACAUCGAUCCCCUUCUGAUAACACUGAAGUGGUGUCUCGCCUACAUUCUUCAUGAAGAGGAUCACCACCAUUUGAACUAAUGUUGAGAAGAUUGUAAUUGCAACGCUAACAAAUUGGCUCCUUUACACAUUAAUUUUAUAUCAUUUUUAGCCAGAGAAUAAAGAUUUCCAAGUUCUGUCUGUUUUAUAUAUGUUUAACCCAUUUUAUGUGCGUGCUUAUGGUUGGCUUUCUCAGUGUGUGGAAAUAUGUAUUUUAAGCAGGUUUAUUUUGUGUUUCAAAUGUCAAGGUAUUUAUUUCUAGAUCCAACAAAGGGAGGAGGUCCCGUCUUCAAUAUUUUGUGUGCAUUGUGGUCAUGUCUGGCAGUCAGUCAUUAAGUUAAUCUAAGAUCACAUUGCAUAUGCCUACAUGUCCUGAAUUCAAUUUAAUGUACAUGUUUUUAUGAUGGUUCAUAUACUCUUUCUAUUUGUUUUUAAUGCAAGUUGUUUUAUUCUCCACAGCUCCUUUAGAGGAGAGUGACGAGGACCAGAGUGAGAAGGAACCAACCCCUUCUGAGAAGAAGUCCCCUGCUUCCACAGCGCCACUCAAAGGAGGGAAGAAGUCCCCUGGCCCCAAAUUAUUAAAGAUAUACACCAGACGCAAUAAACCAGCAACUCCAGGCAGCAGUGCUAAGGCACCAAAGAAACAACCACCCCCCCCUCCUAACAAAACAACCAAAUCCAAGAAACCACCUCCACCACCUGCUGUCCUGACCCCUUCUGCCCCUGGUUCUUUAGACGCUCCACGACAUCACGUCACAGGAGCCCUGAGGGUCGGCAAGUCCAGCUUUACCAUCCCUAAAAAGCAGGCCCAGCCCCAGCAGAGGGACUCCUCAGGCCGUAGUCCGAACAGAGUCGCAUCCUCAGCCCCUUCCUCCCGACACCAUGAGCCAGGCGCUUCUGGACCUUCCAUGAUGUGCCCAACGGCUCCGCCAAACAACCAGAUGAGACAGAACAUCCGCCGCUCGCUCACAGACAUCCUCUACAGGAGGUGAGUAUCCCAGAAGUCCUAGACCUAGACUGAUCCAGGUUUCGAGAGAAUGGCUUGUAUUGUCUCGAACUUCAUGCAAGGUCAUUAAUCUGAUUUAGGGAUUCAAUGUAGAAUUUUAAAAAGAGAAUGCUAAGACAUUGUUGUAGUCCAAUGGGAAAUACAUUGUCCCCACAUCUUUACAACUGCAUUGUCUUGAAAUGUGUAUGUGACCAAUUAAAUGUAUUGUCCCACCAGGGUGAGUGACAGUGAUGAUUUGAACAUGUCUGAGAACGAGGUGGGAAAACUGGCGGUCAGCAUUGAGAAGGAGAUGUUCAACCUGUGCCUUUGCACGGACAGCAAGUACAAGAACAAGUACAGGUCCCUCAUGUUUAACCUGAAGGACCCCAAAAACAAGGUGAGUCCACAGGUGUCUGCAGAAGUGACUAGUCAAGCGAUAAGUUGUGUAGGCUAAACCAAAUAUGGUAAAUGUUGGAAAGCCAUGUACAUGUAACUGCCAAAAACCGUAAAUACCAACAUAAAGUGUCUUAAUAGGGCGUUGGGCAACCACAAGCCAGAACAGCUUCAAUGUGCCUUGGCAUAGAUUCUACAAGCAUCUGGAACUCUAUUGGAUGGAUGCAACACCAUUAUUUAUUCUACGAGAAAUUAAAUUUGGUGUUUUGUUGGUGUUGGAAAACACUGGCUCAGGCGCCGCUCCGGAGUCUCCUAUAAGUGUUCAAUUGGGUUGAGAUCUGGUAAUUGAGAUGGCAUAUGGUUUACAUCGUUUUCAUGCUCACCAAACCAUUGGGACCACUCGUGCCCUUUGGAUGGGGUCAUUGUCAUUUUAUGGGGGCGUAACCAUGGUAGCCAAAAUAACUGGGCCUGCCCAACAUUUUUAUACCUAAGCAUGAUGGCACCUGCUUUCAAUAUAUCCCUCAUUUACUCAAUUGUUUCCUUUUUUGGCAGUUACCUGUACAUUUGAAUGACAACUCGUCUUUCUACAUUUAUAGUAUUGCGUUGUUGGUAUGUGGGUGAAUUGAUCGUGAGUCAUGUAUUCAAUUUAAAUGAAAUUACUGAACACUUAAAUUAUGUUCACUCCAAGCCAGAUGUGCCAGGUGAGUAAACGGUGUGUUGUGCUUGUCUCAGGGCCUGUUCUACCGCGUGGUCUGGGGAGAGGUCAGUCCCUUCAGGCUGGUGAGGCUGAGUGCAGAUGAGCUACUCUCCAAAGAGAUCUCAGAGUGGAGGAAGCCUGACACCACUGAGGUAAGAAGGACCUUCUCUGUUGACCUAUUAGAGAUCAUGAUAAUGAAACCAAUAAUUAUAUAGACAACAGAGCAAUACUAGGAAUUGUAUUUAUUGCGCAACUAAAUAUCACUACUAAAGAGACCAUAUCAUUAGCCUAAUAUUCACAUACUGUAUUAUUGUUAGACACUGUAAAUGUUCAACAAGGCAUGCAUCCAAGUUGAUGACCUCCAUUGUAUCCCAUAGGCUCCCAGUGCUAGAUCCCAGACAGGGCAGUCUAAAUCGGGCCAUAGGCUUGAUGCUGGCCCCCCUGAUGUGGACAUGGAGGACGCUCCUCCAAUGUCUGAUGGAGAUGUAUGUAACUCUGGCACCUCUCCAUCUCUUCGCAUGGCUUUUGCUGCAGUAAGUGGUGGCUUUCUCACCCUUUCUCUUUCACUUCCACUUGUCUUUCAUCUUCAUUUUCCUUGCAUAAGACGAGAACCAUGUUGUGCUGGGUGGUUAACAUGUGGGUAAUAUAUUGUGGUUUUACAGUUUAAUUCUCUUGCCAACCUGUCCCAUACCACUUUAAACUGUCCCUUUGUCCUACUGAAGCUCACUGCCAUCCGCCCCGUGCAUCACUCAAAUCACGAUUCACGCCCACUGUGCAUCAAUGUAGCUAUCGUUUUAGAGAUUAUCUAAUGAUUCAUGUAUCAGAAUACUUUGUUUCCAAACAAACGGUUGCUCAGAAUAUUUUUGCCAUUCAGGACAUCAGCAAAUUUGGUUAUGGUUUGAUGUGCUAUUUGAGAAUCCAUUGUCAGUUUGUAGUUUUGACUGUCUCUCUGUUUUCCUUUUACAAUGUGUUCAGGAACAAGAGGAAGCUAGCUCCACUCCCUCUUCUGGCUCUGUUCAGGCUGGGGUGAAAAGUGGCAGUUCCCUGCCAGACAUCUUCAGCAUGAUGCGGGACACCACAGCUGAACACAGGGCCCACCUCUUUGACCUCAACUGCAAAAUCUGCACAGGUAAAGAUGAAUGAAAAUAAUGAGUUUUGAUGGCAUGCAAGAAACGGUGGCAUAAAAACUUUGCCCGUACCUGAAUUCCCCUCAAAUAUCUUCAUUCUUAUUACUCCAUGCUUAACUUUGAUUAGUGGAUUUGAAGGUUUAGAAGGUUUAAGUAACCUCUGUCUCCCCUCUUCCAGGCCAGAAGUCUGCAGACGAUGAACCAGCAGCCAAGAAGGCCAAACUCUCCAAGAAGCCUGAGGUGAGGCGCUUGUCCAGGUCCUCCUCAGGUGAAGGCGCCCCGGUCUCUUAUCCCGGCAGUGAGACGCCAGUCCCUGAGACCCUGCCCUACCAGGAGGACACAAGCAUCCUGUUACCCCAGACCCCAGCCCCUGUCACCGCACCAGCCAUCUCCUCUGUCAGCAUCACCCGCAGAGACCCCCGCAUGGCAAGACACAGCUCUGGAGUGACGGUCACCCACUCUGCCCCAGACACAUCCAUGGUAGCACCUAUCUCAACAGAUACCUAUUCAAGACCCAUUCCAACAGAGUCCUAUUCAAGACCUAUCCCAGCAGAUGCCUAUUCAAGACCAGCUAUCUCAGUAGAGCCUGCUCCGGUUGCAGUGAUGGAGGUGGUGCCCAAGGGGCCUCUGCCCAUGCCCCCGGCUCCUCCACCCUCCAUCCCCAGGCCCGUCAUGCAGAAAGCUGCCUUGUCCAGAGCCUCCUCCAGAGGGCGAGACCGCCAUCUUCCUCCAUGGCCAGGAGAUGAUGUGGAAAGGAUUAGUCAACAUGCACACUGUGGCCAAGUUUGUCACUAAGGCAUACCUGGUCUCAGGAUCCUUUGAGCACCUGAAAGAGGUUGGUUAUUCAUUUGUUAGAAAAUAUUAUGUCACUGGUAGUUGUAGUUUUUUUACGUGAGCUAAGAAAAACCACACAUUGUAAAAUGAAUAACUCGGAGACCGACAACAUAACUGUUAUAUUUGAUCAUAAUGAAACUUUCACAACAUUUUGGCCAGAAAACAUGGAUUACUUACAGUGCCUUCAGAAAGAAUUCACACCCCUUGACUUUUCCACAUUUUGUUGUGUUACAGCCUCAAUUUAAAAUUGAUUAAAUUGAGAUUGUGUCUCACUGGCCUACACACAAUACCCCAUAAUGUCAGUAGAAAUAUGUUUUUAGACAUUUUUACAAAUUAAUUAAAAAUGAAAAGCUGAAAUGUUUUGAGUCAAUACGUAAUUCACCCCUUUUGUUAUGGGAAGCCUAAAUAAGUUCGGGAGUAAACAUGUGCUUAAGUCACAUAAAUUGCAUGGACUCACUCUGUGUGCAAUAAUAGUGUUUAACAUGAUUUUUGAAUGACUACCUCCUCUCUGUAUCCCACACAUACAAUUAUCUGUAAGGUCCCUCAGUGAAGCAGUGGAAUUUCAAAAACAGAUUCAACCACAAAGACCAGGGAGGUUUUCCAAUGCCUCACAAAGAAGGGCACCUAUUGGUAGACUGGUAAAUGUUUUCUAAAAAGCAGACAUUUAAUACCCCUUUGAGCAUGGUGAAGUUACUAAUUACACUUUGGAUGGUGUAUCAAUACACCCAGUCACUACAAAGAUACAGGUGUCCUUCCUAAGUCAGUUGCCGGAGAGGAAGGAAACCGCUCAGGGAUUUCACCAUGAGGCCAAGGGUGACUUUAAAACAGUUAGGUUUAAUGGCUGUGAUAGGAGAACACUGAGGAUGGAUACAAAUAUUAGAAAACAUGCCUCCUGUUGGCAAUAAGGCACUAAAGUAAAACUGCAAGAAAUGUGGCAAAGAAAUUAACUUUAUGUCCUGAAUACAAAUCAUUAUGUUUGGGGCAGGUCCAACACAUCACUGAGUACCACCCUUCAUAUUUUCAAGCAUGGUGGUGGCUGCAUCAUGUUAUGGGUAUGCUUGUCAUCGGCAAGGACUAGGGAGUUUUUUAGGAUAAAAAGAAACGGAAUAGAGGUAAGCACAGGCAAAAUCCUAGAGUAAAACCUGGUUCUGUCUGCUUUCCAACAGACAUUGGAAGACAAAUUCACCUUUCAGCAGUACAAUAAACGGAACACACAAGGCCAAGUAUACACUGUUGCUUACCAAGACGACAUUGAAUGUUCCUGAGUGGCCUAGUUGCAGUUUUGUGUUAAAUCGGCUUGAAAAUCUAUGGCAAGACUUGAAAAUGGCUGUCUAGCAAUGAUCAACAACCAAUUUGACAGAGCUUGAAUAAUUAGCUCAUAUUGGACAAUCCAGGUGUGCAAAGCUCAGACUUAUUUUCAAUAAAUUAGCAACAAUUUCUAAAUAUGUUUUCACUUUGUCAUUAUGGGGUAUUGUGUGUAGAAAAUAUUGAAUCAAUUUUGAAUUCAGGCUGUAACAACAAAAUGUGGAAUAAGUCUAGGGUUAUGAAUACUUUCUGAAGGCACUGUACUUGUUUGAACUGGUUGUAAAUAUAUGGUAAUAAUGUCAUCUGAGUUGAACACAAAGGUGACAUUGUUAAUCCUGUACAGGAUCUGCCUGACACCAUCCACAUUGGAGGCCGAAUCUCCCCCAGCACCGUGUGGGACUACGUGGGGAAACUAAAGACAUCUCUGUCCAAGGUAAAGCUUCCACCACAGUCUAAUAAUGUGAGGUAUUUAUAUACAACCUACUUCCUGGUUGAGGACCCUAAGGUCACACCCCUCUCUUUGUGUUUGCCCUCUCUCCAGGAGCUGUGUCUGAUCCGGUUCCAUCCAGCCACAGAGGAAGAGGAGGUGGCCUACGUCUCUCUCUUCUCUUAUUUCAGCAGCAGGAAGCGCUUUGGAGUGGUCGCCAACAACAACCGCCGCAUCAAAGACCUGUACCUCAUCCCCCUGAGCUCCAAGGACCCCCUGCCCUCCAAACUGUUACCUUUCGAUGGGCCAGGUAAGCAUCUGCGGGGAGACGCACAGAGGCCUCUGAUAACCCUAACACCCAAACACUGGUUUGAAUAUUAUGUGCCAAAUUCUCUAUACCUCAAGACAAUUAAGUUAGGCAUAAUGUCAGUCGAUUGUUUUGUCCAGAGUGGUCAGUAUGUUCAGGAUUUAGUUAAUUUACUUAGUUUUCCUUUGUGUGAAAUGAGAGCUUGUUUCAUGAAGUUGAUUUAUGAUAUACACUGUAGGGGGUGAGCAUGUGCUUCUGCUGUUGCUUGCCUUCCUCCAUGAACAUCCCUCUGUACUUUAUCUAUGCCCUCAGUGUACUCUGUGUAUAUUACCUUGUAUCACACGUCUGUCUUAAAUAAAGGAUGUUGUGCAUCACAGGUUGGUGCGGCCUUAGAUGUCAGUCUCAGCCUAUUGUUUUUAAGGCUUAGCUUUUAUUCUGUAGAUACUGGUGUGAAAUGUUUGGGUAAUGAUGGUGUUUCUGAAAAUGACAUCUGCCACAGUGUGUUACAUUUAAAUUACUCCUCACUGCAACUUGGUGUACUGUGUUAGUGGAUCUACCUGCAUCUCCAGUACCCACACAUCAUAACUGAAUGGGCAGCACCUGACCUGCACCUAGUCCAUCCCAAACCACAAACUGAAAGCCAUGGUAAGUUAUUAUGAGAGAGGUCUAGCUUGGAGAGCCUUGGACAGAGAUGGUUCUACUCAUGUUGGGGUUUUAAAGAAGAUGAAGACGAGAAGAAUCUAUGGCUCUCAAACACUUACUGAAUUUAAGAAACAAGAAACACUUAAGCAUCCAGAUAAUUAGUUGUCAGCAGAGGUUGGAUUAGUAUGUGUCAAUUUAAAAACUUUGCAUAUAAGAUGAGUGGAAUGCACUGUACAACACAUUGUCCUUUUUGAUAUAGAAUAGUAAAGAAUGUGGAAAUGUCCACUAAUAUUGACGAGUGACUUCAUGAAAAUGCAUACUAAUGACAAUCUAGCAAGAUGAGAAGCUUAGUGAAAGUGGCGAAUGUGAGUUUUUGUGUACCUGCGAAGUGUGAUGUUAGAUCAACAGAAACAUGCAGUCUAAUGCAGUGCACAGACAGUCACACUUCUCAAAGUAUCAUGGGGAGUUUAAGACUGCUCAGCAGUGUGAUGACUAAGCACUCAUAUAAAGGUUGUCUGUAGCUUACAAUUCUUGUUGGUUUUCGUUUGAAACAUGAAUAUGAUAAUUUAAUGGUUAUACUUUAAGCUGAAUAUACAGGUGGCAUUUUGUGCUCAUAUUAUUUAUUGUUAGAACAAUUCAAAAUGGAAAGUGAAGACCACAGCUUGUGGCUUUAAAUCAACACACCUUUUUGUGAUCGGUUUUGGUUUGUUGUGAUCUGUGUGAUUCCCGGUCUCUGUGAAAUCCUCUUGUCUGUUUCUGUCAUAGCAUCGGGUGUUUGAAACAAGCUCUCAUUUCACAGUUUCACUUCAAACAAAUUCUAUCUCUGGAAAUGUUAGUCAUUUAGCAGACAAAUCUAUCUGAGAUAUACAGUAUACAAGUAUGUAAGUGGAUAAAGGAUAUGUUCUAGAAUGCUUUUUAUUCAAUUUUCAUGUUUUAACUUUGUCUUGUAGGACUUGAACCAGCGCGCCCUAACCUCCUCCUUGGGUUAGUGAUUUGCCAGAAGGACAAAAAGCGUGCUGGAGCCUCCUUGGAGACUGAGGAGAAGCGUUCCAAGACCCAAAUCAGAGACCUAGAUGACACUGGCCUUCCAAAACCGACCACCACCAUCAAAGCUGAAGUCAAAGCAGAGAAAGCCUUGCGGUACACCCAGGAUCUUCCCUACAGCACAACCCCCCCAGGUACACCUCCCCCUCUCAGCUCCUCAGAGACCUCCACCUCCAUGGCAGCCUUAUCAGUGCUGUCCUUUCUGUCCUCUGUCAAAGCCCCUGCUACAGGCAAAGAGUCACCUGCCUCAAGCUCUGCUGCCAAUGCCACUCCACUUCAGACCAUCCUGAAGACUUUGUUUGGGAACAAAAAGCAUGACUCUGAGGCCUCCAUGUCUCCCUCAGAGCAUGGUGCUGUUGACGUCUCAGCCGUCCCUGCUACUCUGCUAGAUCCCAUUGUUCAGCAAUUUGGACAGAUUUCUAAGGAGACGCAGGUGGAGGAAGAUGAGGAUGACAGACCAUACGACCCAGAGGAGGAAUAUGACCCAGGCAUGGGCUACGGAGCACCCCAGAAGUCUGUUAAAGAACCUGAGGUCAUCAAGCAGUCAGAGGCUACGGAUGUGGAUGAUGUGGCCUAUGACCCGGAGGAUGACACCAUCUUUGAGGAGGUCAGGACUGAGGUCCCUGGAAAAGCCAAGGCCACCGGGGGUCUGACCAAACAGCAGAAAAUGGUGGAGGAUCUCAACAAACAAAUUGAGGAGCAGAAACGGCAGCUGGAGGAGCAGGAGGAAUCCAUCCGCGAAAAGAAGUCAACCACAGGCACAUCAGCUGCCUCGUUCUCAGUCACAGACGGCUUGAUCUCACAGCCAUCCCAACUGGCUAACAGUUGUCUCCUGCAGCUGGGCAAAAAAGUUGAAGAGUUAGUCAAAUCCUCUGCUGCCGCUCCUUUGAUUAACCAGAGAAGGGACCCAAGGCAGAGUAGGGAUCCCAGGAGGCUAACCUCAGACUCAAUAGAAAAAGAGGAGACACCACCUGCCAAAGACACCACGCCACCACCACAGACUGAUGUCCAAGAACCAGAAACACCACUGCCGCAAGAAGAGGUUAUAACAGAUUCUCUUCCCUUUCUGGAAUCAGACACAACUGAGGUUUCCAUUCCCCUGUUAGGUGAGCAUGUAGAACCUGCUAUGGAGGUAAAUUACAUGGAGGAACAAACUGUUGAAUCUGAGGAAGUCGACCCAACCAAGAGUGACUUGGACAAAUACAGUAUUUGGCCAAAUGCAGACAGCAUUUUAAAAACAGGGGAGAUCUCUAAUUUUGAGCAGAACCGUCAAGAGUCUACCUCUGGCUACUUCAAUAUGUCCACAAACAACUCCUCCUUAGCUUCACCUACAAUUCCUGUACUGUCUCAGAAUGUCACCCAGGAUAGCUCCACCCUGGUGGACACUCAAUCCUCCCACAUGUCACAUAUGGGAACAUCAAGCUACAUGGACUAUGGAGCUCCUCCUGACAUUCUCCCAACAACCACCUUCCCACCCCAACUUGGACCCCUACCAAUGCAGGGUCCACCCCCAAUGCUCGGGCCACCACCCAUGUCAGUUCCCCCACCCAUGCAGAGUAUUCCUUCCUUGUCAGGCCCUCUACCAAUGCAGAGACCACCUCCACCCAUGCAGGUUCCUCCACCCAUGCAAGUGGAGAGCAACCAGUCUCCGUACUCCCAGUAUGGGCCGCCUCCUGCUGCUUAUCCUCCAUAUCAGAACCAAUGGGGAGGCUCUCAGCAGCAGUAUGAAGCAUCCCCUGGUCCUCCACCCCAGACCAUGAUGCCUCCCAGGGGACCCCCUCCAUUCCAGCCGAUGGGCCCGAGAGCUCCACCUCCCCAGAUGUUCAAUGUCCCCAUGGGCUCCAUGCCUCCCCAGCACAUGGGGCAGCAAGGCCCCCCUCCAGGCCAGUUCAUGGAGGGCCAUGGCCUUCCCCCACCUAAUUUUGAUGGGCAAAACGGUUUAGCUCCACCAAGGAUCAGUGGACCCCCUCCUCCAUUCAACUUCCCUGGACCCAGAGCCCCUCCUCCCUUCACAGGGCCUCCCCCAGGCCACUUUGACAACAGAGGACCUCCUCCAUCCCACUUCCCCGGGCCCAGAGGUCCGCCUUCUCAUUUUGUGGAUCAUGGGUCCCAAGCCCACAUGAUUGACCCACUAAGAGGCCCUGUAGAUCAGUACAACAAUGUCAGUGUUGGGUCCUACCAACAGGGCAUGGACCAUCACCAGGGUCAGACCCCUCCACACAUGUACAAAGACAACCAGGCUCCCCCACCAGGCCCCUCUUACAGAGGACCUCCACACAACCAGUAUGAUGGGCGGAGAGGCCUGCCUCCCAGUGGAGAUAUGGGUGGACAGCGCUUCCAUCCACCUAACCAGUUUCGGGGCUCUAUAGCACCCUCCCCACCACCACACAGGGGGUCAUAUGAUGACCAGAGACCCCCUCAGGACCACCGUGGGGCCCCACCACAGCAUUUCGGAGGACCUGACCAGUAUCGCCUUGACAGUCCAGGGGACUUAAGACCAGUUCGCCACAGUGGGCCUCUGCUCCCGACCCCACCAGAGGGCCCCAUACCUCUACCAAACCGCAUGGGGGGUCACAGCCCAGAGUCCCACAGGGAUGACCACUGGCGACGACACUCGCCUGAUAUGAGGAGAAGGAGCAGCUCCACCAGAGAGGGCUCAGAACCUUGCGGUGGAGAGCGGCCCAGUCGGUUUGAGGGGGGCCACAGAGACCGAGAGCCAAUCCCUGGCUCCUCUCGGUUGUCUGAGGAGAGGCAAAGGGAUCUGUCCGAGGACCGCAGGAGGGAGCGGGACAGAGAUGGGCCCCAUGGAGCCAGGACAUGGGACAGGGGCCAGGGCAAGCGCUGGAGCCGGGAGAGAGAGUGGGACAGAGGCAGGGAGAGAGACCGCGGAGAGAGGGAACGAAGCCGUGAGAGGGAGCGCAGCAGAGGGAGGGAGGGAGAGCGACAUGGGGAACCAGAGGGUGACAAACGCAGGGUGACGGAGGGAGACAGACAUAGGGUUCCAGAAGGAGACAAACACAGGGUGCCGCAGGGAGACAGACAUAAGGUGCCGGAGGGAGACAGACAUAAGGUGCCGGAGGGAGACAGACAUAGGGUGCCGGAGGGAGACAGACAUAGGGUGCCGGAGGGAGACAGACAUAGGGUGCCGGAGGGAGACAGACAUAGGGUGCCCGACAUAAGGUGCCGGAGGGAGACCGACAUAAGGUGCCGGAGGGAGACCGACAUAAGGUGCCGGAGGGAGACCGACAUAAGGUGCCGGAGGGAGACCGACAUAGGGUGCCGGAGGGAGACCGACAUAGGGUGCCGGAGGGAGACAGGCAUAGAGUUCCGGAGGGAGACAGACACAGGGUUCCAGAGGGAGACAGGAGGAGGGACAGGGAGAGAGACCGUGACCGAGAAAGGGACAGGGGCAGGGAGAAAGAGCCUGACAGGAGAGACUACGAACGAGACAGAGCCAGGAUCAGAGACCGGGAGAGAGACCACGACAGAGACAGGAGAAGGUCCAGGAGCAGAGACCGGGACCGAGGCAAGGAAAGAGAAUCUGACAGGCGAGACAACGACCGAGACAGAGCACGAGAUCGGGACAGGGAUAGAGAGAGGGACAAAGAUCGAGACCGCCGGGACAGGAGCAAGAGUAAAGAAAAGAGAGAAGACAAAAAAGAAACAAAUAAAUCUGAUGUCCCAAAGGAGAGCGAUAAACCUGCAGAGGUGGAAACUGAUAAAAACACAUCGUAA